CAGGCCCAUAUUCUUUCUAGAUCAGAUCCAAUUGUGGCUGCCCAGUGGAUCCCCUGGGUACCACUCAAUGGGGCCCUGUAUGCAGGGUUUACUAGCUCCUCCCUAUCCUCGGCCCCCAUUGGCAGCCUCGGUCUGCAGCAGACUGCGCCAAGCCCACACCCAGUUCUCUCUGGAGGGAGAAUAAGAAGCCGCUCUGUCUACACUCCGGUUACUCGGACACUGAAGCCAGAGAGAACUCCAGCAGCAAAAGGUGACCAAGGAGCCUCCGGGAUGUCUGAGCUGGAGAAGGCCAUGGUUGCCCUCAUUGAUAUCUUCCAUCAGUAUUCCGGAAGAGAGGGUGACAAGCACAAGCUGAAGAAAUCAGAACUUAAGGAACUCAUCAACAACGAGCUGUCUCACUUCCUGGAGGAAAUCAAGGAGCAGGAAGUGGUUGACAAGGUGAUGGAGACACUGGAUGAAGACGGGGACGGGGAGUGUGACUUCCAGGAGUUUAUGGUUUUCGUCUCCACGGUGACCACAGCCUGCCAUGAGUUCUUUGAACACGAGUGAGACAAGAAAGAAAAGAAAAAAAAAAUAGCUGAGCCGCUGCAGCAGACGUGACGGUCACAAGAGGAGGCUCAGCAGAGGCUCGUGGGCUUGAUGUACCUGAGCUUUCUAGA